UGUGUGGAGAUAGAGGCAUUCGGAAAGGCUGCUAGCUUCAGGACUGUUUCUUUUCUGGAAAGAAUCCACACUUAUCCUUUUGUGACAACAGGGUUUGAAGGGCAAGCAUUGGCUGGAUUCUCCCAUUCCAUCAAAACAGUGGUGUAAAUGUGUGAGAGAGAAGGCAUCAAAGUAACAGGCACCAGGUCACACUGAAUUGGGCUGAUGAGCUGCAAAACCACAUCAGGAAUGUUGCAGGUCUCUGUGCUUCUGAUCUUCUUGAAUCUUGCUGUCUAUGGGAUCACCCAAGUUUCCAAUGAAACCCUAACUCUGGAAGCCAAGCCACAACAUGCUCUGAGAGGUGAGAAGAUUGCCAUCAACUGCCGGGCCCCAUUCUGGACCUUGAGGAGGCAUAAGCUUUUCAAAUUGUAUCGGAAUAAUUGGUUUAUAAAACAAACUAAAGAUGGUUCAUUCACCAUAAAAAGUGCAAAGCAUUCAGAUGAAGCAUCUUAUUGGUGUAAAUUAACAAUUGGCUCUCGACAGUGGGUUUCGAACCACCUAAGCAUCAGAGUAUCAGAACGCUUUGCCAAGCCCGUACUGAGGGUGGAGCCGGCGGCUGAAGUAUUUGAGGGGCUCCGGGUCACAUUGACGUGCAUUGCUCGGAGAGCACGGCGCUCCAUCCGGCUUCACUACACAUUUUACAGAGAUGGCAGCGCCCUGGAGACAGCGCCGGAUGCUGGCGGUGUGUACACGAUCAACGCAGCGGCUGCAAACGUUUCUGGGAAUUACGCCUGUGAAGCGAUUGAGAUGAAUUCUGGUCCGAGGAAGAGGAGCGACAAUGUUCACCUUUACGUAAAACAGGCGUUCGCUGUCCCGAAGCUGACUGUGUAUCCUGAGGGACAGCUAGUUGAUGGCCAAUGGUUUAAGCUGAUGUGCACGGUUGAAGAGAAUCUCUCUGGAGCUUUCUUGUGGUACGGCUUUUACAGAAAUGGGAUCCCUCUCCAGUCUCCAUCCGACCACAGCGAUUACAUCUCUGAGCCAGCUCGCCCAGCCGACUCGGGUACUUACCAUUGCGAAGUUACGGGCAGUAAGGUGCGGAAACACAGUAAUCAGCUCCAUUUGUCCAUCAGGCGAAUUCCAGUGUCAAAGCCAGAGCUAAUAAUUCAACCCGAAAAGGAGCUAAUUGAAGGAGAUGUGGGAUCCUUAAUCUGUUUAGUCUCUCAUGGUUCUCUGCCAAUUUAUUACCAAUUCUACAAGCGCUCAGGCGUGGAAAUGUUCUGGGAGCUUUCCAACACUACCAAGUGUGUUUACAACAUUGGAGCCAUCAGCAGAAGGGACAAAGGGAUUUACCAUUGCUCGGUGAGAAAUGAGGUGACAGGCCCUCUUCAGAGUGAUGGCAUUGAGCUCACAGUGAUAGUUCCUGUCACAGAUGCUGUGCUGAUACCCCGCACCAACGGGACUGAGAUACAGCCCGGGGAAUGCCUUGUUCUCCGGUGCCUGGUGAGGGAAGGCACUGAGCCCCAGUUCAUUUGGUACCGAGACAACGUGCCGCUAAGGAACGGCAGUGCGAGCUCCCAUGUGACUGCCGAUGGUGGUGAGCUGGUUAUUCAUUCAUUCCGGAGAGACAGUGUCGGGAGGUAUCACUGUGCAGCGAUCAACACAGGAACCGACGGCACCAUUUUUAACGUGACCAGCGACUAUAUCGAAUUCACGCUGCGAGCUCGGAGUUAUUCCACGGAGAUCAUGGCCUCGCUCGUCCCAGUUCUGCUGUUCGCCGGCCUGAUCGCGUUGGCGUGGUUCAUCCACCGGAGGGGGCACACAGCCAAUUCCUCAACUGUGUCACAGGCCAAGAGAUCCCAAGCUUCUGGUGAAGCGGCAGCAGCCAGCAACCUGGAGUAUGCAGUAAUCGGAGCAGCACACAAUGCUGAAAACACCACUGCGGACCUGGAUUAUUCAGUGGUCACCUUUAAGAAGAGAACAGAUGCUGGCAGCAGUGUUGGCGUCUCCUCCAACAGGAAGAAGGAUCCCAAUCCUGACCCGGAUGAUUAUUAUAUCACAUAUGCCACACUGAAAUAUAGUGAGCCCUCAGAGGGAGAAGACAGAGCGGAUGGAAACAUUUAUGAGAAUAUCCUGCUCAACUAAGAGGGAAGAAAACAGAUGAGGGGUGGCUCAUUUGAUUCCAUACACUGUUUGAUUAAGAGGUAUAAUAUUUGUGCCAUGUACAGUUAACAAACUUGUGAACUUUGCAUUGGAAACUGUGUUUCACAAGCUAUUUGAUUCUGCUCAUUUUUGGCUUGAGAAGCUACCUGCAUGUCGCUGCAUCUGUCAAUCUAUUCUGCACCGUAUAUCCAGCUGGGUUUUGAAUUUACCAAAAUAUUCUGGCUGCUGGUGGUCUUUGGAAAUUUAAUGCAUGCCUCUCCUUUACUGUCACACACAUAUCUGCGGAUUGAGCUUUUCAGUUGGUGCAUGUUUAAGGGGAAGAAUACAUCAUCUGUCCUCUUCUGUACAUGGGUGAGCAGGAAUCUAUCCCAUUCUAACCAACUUUGAACAGGAAUCUGACACAUGCAAGAUAUGAAAACAGAAACCAGCUAGUUUCAACGGUUACUUUCCUGAGUGAAAAAGACCUGUGUGGGCCUCUGUGUGGACCUGUUUAGGUGUGGGGUUUGAACGAGCAACUUCUAGCCCCACAGAAGGAACAGACAGUGAGCCACAAACCACUGAUGAGCUGGAUAGACGAGGCAUGGCUGAAACGGAGUCUCUACAGAGAAGACUACAUCUCCCAAAGAUCUGAAACCUCUGCCAGACCCCUCAGCCCGGCUUUCUCAGAUUCUGAACCCCAUUGUGGGAACUGGAAUGGAUGAGAUUUUUCUCGCUGCAGAUAUUUUGGGAAUACCAUGUUGUGGGGGUUGGGCUUCAUAAACCUCCCGAGCGGCAGACUUCAGGUUGAGCGGGGAAGCGAUGGCCUGGUGGGAUUAUUGAUGGACUGUUACUCCAGAAACCCCAGUAAUGUUCUGGACAUCUAGGCUUGAAUCCUCCUAUGGCAGAUGUGGAAUUACAAGUCUGAUGGUGAAUUGUUGGAAAAAUCCUUCUGGUUCACUAAUGUCCUUUAGGGAAGGAAAGUGCCAUCCUCACUUGAUCUGAUCUGCAUGUGACUCCAGGCCCACAGCAAUAUGUUCAACUCUUAACUGCCCUCAGGCAGCUAAGGAGGGGCAUUAAAUGCUGUCCUCACCAGUGAUGCCCCCAUCCCAUGAGUUUAAAAACAUGGGUGUCUUAUUCUGGAAGUACGGACAAUAUCACUGCACCACAAAAUGGCUCGGCUUAAUGUAAAUAUAGGCUUUGGAGUAAAUAUUAAGAUUUUAAAACUACACCAUAUGGAUCUAACAACUACUAUCCACCAAGAAAGGAGCAGUGCAGGUCUGAUUACAAACCAAUAAACACCAUCAGAGACAACAACAGCGUGAGGGCUGAAGGUUCUGGUCGAUAGGUGCCACGUAUCUUGAAUGGGACAGCAGGACUAUGUUGAUGCAUAGUUAAGCAUUACAGCAAGUUCGGAUGGUGACUGGAUUAUCAUUUUUUUUUUUAAAUACGGUGGCCCCUUGGUCAGGCAAAUGAUGCAGUGCUUUGCCAGAAAGGACAGCAUGUGUGCCCCUAUUCAUAGAGCUCAUAGAGCUCAUACAGCAUGGAAACAGACCUUUCAGCCCAACUCGCCCAUGCUGAUCAGGUUUCCCAAACUAAACUAGUCUCAUUUGCCUGCAUUUGGUCCAAAUCCCUCUAAACCUUUCCAAUCCAUGUACAUGUUAAUCUGGAGAUCCAGGUGAUGUUCUGGGAACUCAGGUUCAAAUCCUCUCAUCGUAGAUGCUGGAAUUUGAAUUCAGUUUCAAAAAAUAUGGAAUUAACAGUCUAAUGGUGACCAGGAAACCAUUAUCAACUGUCAGGAACAAAACCAUUUGGUUCACAAAUGCCCUUUAGCUCACUGCAUCCUUACCUGGUCCGGCCUAAAUGAGGACCCAGACCCACAGUAACGUGGUCGACUCUUAACUGGCCUCUGGACAAUUAGGGAUGGGCAAUAAAUGUUGGCACAGCCAGUGAUGCCCACAUCCUGUGAAUACAUUUUAAAAACUCCCUGGGGGCCUGCUAUUAACUGUAUAAGUUCUGCCCUGAUUUGCCUUACCAAAAUGCAGUACCUCACAUUUAUCGAAAUGAAACUCCAUCUUCCAAUGCUCAGCACAUUAGCAUAUAUGAUCAAGGUCCCCUUGUAUGAGAAUCAUAGACUCAUAGAGUAAUACAGCAUGGAAACAGACUUUGGCCCAAGCUGGUCCAUGCCGACCAUGGUGCCCACUCAGCUCGUUCCAAUUGCAUGCAUUUGGUCCAUAUACCUCCGAACUCUUCCCAUCCAUGUACCAAUCCAAAUAUUUUUUCAAUGUUGCUGCCAGGGUACCUGCCUCAACCUCUUUCCCUGGCAGUCCUUUCCAUAUACACACCAUUCUCAGCGUGAAAAAGUUGCUCCUUGGGUCCUUCUUAAAUCUUGCCCCUCUCACCUUAAACCUAUGCCCUCUGAAUUUCAAUUCUCCACCCCUGGGAAAUAGACUAUACAUGCAUCCUGUCUGGGACACUUAUGAUUUUAUACACCUCAAUAAAGUCACCCCCAAUAUCUUUUGUUCCAAUGAAUAAAGGCCUAUCCUAGUCAACCUCUCCCUAUAACUCAGGCCUACUAGUCCUGGUACUAUCCUUAUAAAUAUUCUUUGCGCACUUUACAAUUUAACUGUGUCUUUCCGAUAAAAGGGUGGCAAAAACUGUACACAAUACUCCAAGUGUGGUCUCACUGAUGACUUAUACAACUGCAACAAAACAUCCCAACUCCUAUUCUCACUGCCUAGAUUGCUGAAGGCCAGCAUGCUAAAUGCCUUCUUCACAACCCUGUCUACCCGUGACGCCACUUUCAAUAACUAAGUACUUGUACUCUUAGAUCCCUCUGUUCCACAACACUCCUCGGUGUUUACCAUUAUCAUUUACUGUAUAAUUUCUACCUUGGUAUGAUUUUCCAAAGUUCAACACCUCACACUUGUCUGUAUUGAAUUGCAUUUGCCAGCCCUCUGCCCACUUGCCCAUCUGAUGAAGAUCCCUCGGAUAUUUUUGACAACCUUCCUCACUAUCAACAAUACCUCCUAAUUUUGUGGCAUCUGCAAACUCACUAUUCAUGCCUGGUACAUUCACAUCCAUCAUCUAUGUAAAUAACAAAUAACAAAGGUCCCAGCACUGACCCCUGCAGCACAUUCCUUGACACAGAUUCCUCCAGUCUGAGAAGCAACCUUCAGCAAUCGCCCUCUCCUUCCAUCGAGCCAAUUUUGAAUCCAAUUACCUAGGUCUCCCUGGAUUCCAUGCAACUUAACUUUAAUGACUGGCCUGCCAUGUGGGACCUUGGUCAAAGGCCUUACUAAAAUCCACAUAGACAACAUUCUACCCUGCUCUAUCCUCUUGGUUACCACUUCGAAAAGCUCUGAAAGAUUUGUCUGACAUGACUUCCCACGCAGAAACCCAUGAUAACUAUCCCUAAUCAGACCUUGACUAUCCAAUCAUUGGUUGAUUCUGUCCCUCAGUAACCUUUCCAAUAACUUGCCUACCACUGGUGUCAGGCUCACUGACCUAUAUUCCCUGGCUUGUCUUUGCUAACUUUCUUAAACAAUGGAACAACGUUAGCCACUCUCCAGAUUUCCGGAAUGUCACCAGUUGUUAAAGCUGAAGCUCCUAUGAAAUAAUCUUCUUCAUUGUCCACUAGAGCAUCCAAUUUGUUGCCAUCUGCAAACUUAUGAACCAUACCUCCUGUAUUCACAUACAAAUCAUUGAUGUAAAUGAGGAAAAGCAGUGAACCCAACACCGAUCCUUGUGGCACACCGCUCCCCAAUUGGUCAUAUCACACGGAAACAGACCCUUCAGCACAACCCGUCCAUGCUGACCCGGUUUCCUAAACUCAACUAAUCCCCUUUGCCUGUGUUUGACCCAUAUCUAUCUAAACCUUUCCUAUCUGUGAACCUGUCCAAAUAUCUUAAAUGUUGUAAUGAGACCCACCUCUACCUCUUUCUCUGGCAGCUCAUUCCAUAUACACAUCAACCUCUGUGUGAAAAAGCUGGCCCUCAGGUCCGUUUUAAAUCAUUCCCCUCUCACCUUCAAUCUGCGUUCUCUAGCUUUGAACUCCCCUACCCUCGGGGUAAAAACUUUGAUUAUUCAUCUUAUCUAGGCCCCUCAAGAUUUUAAGAUCUUCUCUCAGCUCACCCCUCUACCUCCUGCGAUCCAGGGAAAAAAAUAGUCCCAGGCUAAUCAACCUCUCCUUAUAGCUCAAACCCUUCAGUAUUAAUAAAAUUGUUGUAAAUCUUUUCUGCACUCCUUCCAGUUUAAUAACAUCUUUAUUAUAAGAAGGUGAUCAGAAUUGUAUGCAGUACUUCAAACAUGGCCUUGCCAAUGUCUUGUACAGCCAUAACAUGACAUCCCAACUCCUGUCCUCCUUGCUGUUUUCCCAAUCCAUUGCCAUUUGGAUUAUAAUCUGCCUUUUUGCUUUACUCCCGAAAUGGAUAAUCUCAUGUCGAUCUGUAUUAAACUGUAUUUGCUGUGUAUUAACCCACUCAAUCAACUUGUCCCAAUCACACUGAAGCAUUUCUGCACCCUCCUUCACAGCUCCCCCUCCCUGUGAACCCUGCAUUGAGAUUGAAAUCAAAAUAAAAAUAUGUUGAUGCUGCAUUUAUUAAGCAAUGGAAAUUUCCUUUCAUGGAUGGUGUACAUUACAAUGGGUUUAAUCUAUCACUGUGGUACUGUAAAUGUAAUUUUUUUUGUGGUCCUUGCUUUUGUACACAAUAUUGCUGCACUCGGUGAUGAACACAAUUCCAGUCCAUAAUAAAUGAGUAGUUUUUUUUUAAAUUGA